CCCCAUUCAUAGCUUGAUGUUUGUCAUAAGAGAAGCCAACACCACAUACAUACACAAAGACAGACAUCAUAAAAAUCCCAGAACAAACGGCGAGGGGACCACUACACACACGGGUGGCACAGCAUCAAAGCCAUUCUCUCUUUCCCUUCUUCUCCUUUUCCCCUUUUCUUCUCAAAAAGCAAAGCUUCCAUUGAUUCCCGUUGUUGGAUAAUCAAUUUGAAGCAACCCCAUUUGCAUCUGAUCCUAGAAUCACAAGUUUAUUCACCCAUUUUUAGCUUCUAGGUAAUUGGUUCCAAAAGAUGACGAGGGUGUCUCGUGAUUUUGGUGAUACCAUGCAAAAUGAGGCAGUGCCUGCGGUGUCUUCUGAUGUGACAUUUGCUACUAGCAGGUUUCCUAGUUACAAGAUUGGAGCUAACAAUCAGAUAAUGGAGACUAAGGAUGAUCCCAAAGUGGUGUCUAUGAAGGAGGUUGUUGCUCGUGAGACUGCUCAGUUGCUGGAACAGCAGAACCGUCUCUCGGUUCGUGACCUCGCCAACAAAUUUGAGAAGGGUUUGGCUGCUGCUGCUAAGUUGUCUGAAGAGGCUAGACUUAGAGAAGCAGCAUCGUUGGAGAAACAUGUUCUUUUGAAGAAGCUUAGAGAUGCACUUGAAUCCUUAAGAGGGCGAGUGGCAGGAAGAAACCAGGAUGAUGUGGAGGAAGCUAUUGCUAUGGUUGAAGCUCUAGCAGUGCAAUUGACUCAAAGGGAAGGGGAACUAAUACAAGAGAAGUCAGAGGUGAAGAAGUUGGCAAAUUUUCUCAAGCAGGCUUCUGAAGAUGCUAAGAAACUUGUAGACGAGGAAAGAGCUUUUGCUCGUGCUGAAAUAGACAAUGCCAGAGCAGCAGUUCAAAGAGUGGAAGAGGCACUUAAGGAGCAUGAGAGAAUGUCUCAAGCUUCAGGGAAGCAGGACCUGGAACAAUUAAAGAAGGAGGUUCAAGAGGCUCGAAGAAUCAAAAUGCUGCAUCAACCAAGCAAGGUCAUGGAUAUGGAACAUGAGCUUCAGGCAUUGAGGGCUCAACUUGCAGAGAAAACUAGACAUUAUCUUCGACUUCAAAAGGAGCUAGCAAGGACGAAGAAAGGAGAGGAAAAUGUUCCUCAUUUUUAUGAACUUGAAGGAAAUGAAAUCUUAGGUUCUUACUUGCAAAUUCAACCUUGCUCUGAUAAUGCCCCUGAUCUUUCAAAAUGUUCAAUUCAGUGGUACCGUGUGUCAUCUGACGGUGCCAAAAAAGAACUUAUUUCAGGAGCUACCAAAUCAGUAUAUGCCCCUGAACCAUUUGACGUUGGACGCCUAUUACAAGUUGAUAUUAUUUCAGAAAGCCAGCACAUCAUGCUUUCAACCACAGGUCCAAUAGAUCCAGCUGCUGGUUUAGGAACUUAUGUAGAGGCACUUGUACGAAAACAUGACACUGAAUUCAAUGUAGUUGUGACUCAGAUGAACGGAUCAAAUCAUCCAGCAGAAUCUAUUCAUGUACUUCAUGUCGGAAAGAUGAGGGUGAAACUCUGUAAAGGAAAGACAACAAUUGCCAAAGAAUAUUAUUCAAGUUCAAUGCAGCUUUGUGGAGUUCGAGGAGGUGGAAAUGCUGCAGCCCAGGCUCUAUUUUGGCAGCCCAAGCCAGGACAUUCAUUUGUAUUAGCAUUUGAAUCUGAGCGAGAAAGGAAUGCAUCCAUCAUGCUUGCAAGAAGAUUUGCAUUUGACUGUAAUAUCAUGCUUGCUGGACCAGAUGACAGAGCUCCUUUAGGGACAUGAUGAGCCUUCUUAAAACCUAUUUAUGUCCCUUGUAAUUGUAAUUACCAGAGUUUUUAUACCUUGUAUUAUAAGUGUCCAACAGUAAAAUGUGCCUUGUUAUAUUGGUAAAUUAGUAAUGAUUCACACCUUGUGGUCUGAAUCAUUUAUAUAAUCUUCUUUCGACUACACCAAGGCAAUUUUUUGUUUGCCUGUGGCUGUGAGUGACAGUUGAGCUAAGUUUUAGAGCCUGCAUCAUUGAAAGGUAGCAGCCUUGUCCAGUGUUUGAGGUGCUAAUUUAUUGUAUUUGAUCGAGAGACAAAUGCUAUGAAAGUUUUCAUUGCAUUUGUCUAUGGAUACUGGCAUUGUGGAGAUGAAGUUUGUGAAUCUUCUUCACUAUGUAAUAUUCUAGUGCUAGGUUAGAUUUACUUGGAAAUAUCUUGAGGUUUCAAUGUGAGAAUAAUGUUCUUGAGGAUGUAACUAUUGUAUAUCUCUUGAAAGAUACUUUUUUAGACA